AUGUUCAACGUGGCUAAAGCUGUAUUUUUCAUACUUGUUAUGCAAGCGACUGAUUGCGAUGAAUCUCCAAGAAAAAGAUUAGUUUUAAAUUCACAAGAAGAUCUUGCUCAAAGGCUUGUUAAACUGGAAGCUGAGUUUGAGGCCCAUAAGAAACAAGGGGACAGUGGUUCUUUAUAUGUGAGAUGGGGAAGAAACAAAUGUCCUGCCGACAAUGAACUUGUCUAUACCGGUUAUACUGCUGGAAAACACUGGAACAUUGGCGGAAGCGGGACUGACAAUCUGUGCCUUCCUAGGGAUCCAACAUGGGGUAAUUAUGUAGAUGGUAAUUUUGGCUCAUACAGAUCACAUAUUUUUGGUGCUGAAAUAGAUGUUGUAGAACCAAAUCACAUUUUUCCGUAUGCAGUUCAGUAUCAAGAUAUGCCAUGCGUCGUAUGUAAAUCCCCACGUUCAAUUUCUCUGAUGGUUCCAGGAAGAAAAGACUGUUACCCUGGUUGGACAAAGGAAUAUUGGGGUUACCUCAUGUCAGGUCAUGACAACAGAGCUGGUGCGUACGAUCAUUUGUGUAUGGACACUUACCCGGAAUUUGUACCAAGCGGGGCUAACGCCAAUAGCGAGCAUAUACUUUACCUAGUGGAAGCUCAGUGUGGCUCUUUGCCUUGCCCACCGUACGUGCAAGGAAGGGAACUUGCGUGUGCUGUUUGCUCUAAAUAAAACUAAAUGUUUUGUGUUUACCUGUUUGAAUUUGAAUAAAUAGAUAAUUUUGGGCAAACAAUAAA